GGCACAUCAGCUUAUUUCCUCACAGUUUCACUGUUAACCUGAGGUGUAGCCAAUCAAACAACAUUGCCCUGCACCUGAACUCGCACAUCAAAUCUGGCAUGCUUAUCAGGAACUCUCUUCUCUGCCAAUCAUGGGGCCCAGAAGAACGUGAACUGCAAUACUUUCCUUUUUCAGCUGGAAACUACUUUGAGAUGAUCAUCCUAUGUCAGCUUCCUCAGUUUAGGAUAGGAGUAAAUGGAUCCCACCUGCUGGAUUAUAGGCACAGAGUGCAGGACUUGAGCUCCAUUGAUCAGCUUGAAAUUCUGGGUGACGUGGAACUGCAAAAUGUUCAGUUGUGGAACCAGAAACCUAUAGUAAUCAGAAGAACUUGACUGACAUCAACAAGCGAAACAGCAGGAAGUUCUCCUUA